CGCGACCAAUGGUGGAGGCUGCAGCCUGCGAACUAGUCGGCUGCUCGGGCGCCGGCGGGGAGCGGCUCGGAGGCGGACAGUGUAACCUUGGGUGGGAGCGCGGGGCGCCUCAAAAUGUCUUCCAGUGGCACCCUCAGCAACUACUACGUGGACUCGCUUAUAGGCCAUGAGGGCGACGAGGUGUUCGCGGCGCGCUUCGGGCCGCCGGGGCCAGGCGCGCAGGGCCGGCCUGCAGGUGUGGCUGAUAGCCCGGCCGCCGCCGCCGCCGAGUUCGCCUCGUGUAGUUUUGCCCCCAAAUCGGCCGUGUUCUCUGCCUCGUGGUCCGCGGUGCCUGCCCAGCCCCCGGCGGCGGCGGCGAUGAGCGGCCUUUACCACCCGUACGUUCCCCCGCCGCCCCUGGCCGCCUCUGCCUCAGAGCCCGGCCGCUACGUGCGCUCCUGGAUGGAGCCGCUGCCCGGCUUCCCGGGCGGCGCGGGCGGUGGCGGUGGUGGUGGAGGCGGCGGCCCGGGCCCCGGUCCCAGCCCUGGCUCCAGCGGCCCAGCCAACGGGCGCCACUACGGGAUUAAGCCUGAAACCCGAGCAGCCCCGGCCCCCGCCACGGCCGCCUCCACCACCUCCUCCUCCACUUCCUUAUCCUCCUCCUCCAAACGGACUGAGUGCUCCGCGGCCCGGGAGUCCCAGGGGAGCAGCGGCCCCGAGUUCUCUUGCAACUCGUUCCUGCGGGACAAGGCGGCAGCGGCGACGGGGGGAACCCGGCCUGGGGCAGGGAUUGGGGCCGCGACUGGGACAGGCGGCUCGUCGGAGCCCUCAGCUUGCAGCGACCACCCGAGUCCGGGCUGUCCGCUGAAGGAGGAGGAGAAGCAGCAUUCGCAGCCGCAGCAACAGCAACUUGACCCAAACAACCCCGCAGCGAACUGGAUCCACGCUCGCUCCACCCGGAAAAAGCGCUGUCCCUACACCAAAUACCAGACGCUUGAGCUGGAGAAAGAAUUCCUCUUCAACAUGUACCUCACCCGGGACCGGCGUUACGAGGUGGCCAGGAUUCUCAACCUAACAGAGAGACAGGUCAAAAUCUGGUUUCAGAACCGUAGGAUGAAAAUGAAAAAGAUGAGCAAGGAGAAAUGCCCCAAAGGAGACUGACUCGGCGCGGUGCUGGCGGGAGCGCUCAAGGGCAGCGGUUUUUGUUGUUUUUUUCCUUUGUGGGUGCUUGGUGCUUGAUUUCCAGAAACUCUCCAGCGACUUGGACAUUUUUUUUUCUUUUUUUAGAUAGAAGUGACUGUGUGGUUGGUCUCUGUGAGGUAUUUGGGGGACUCUGUAUUAGCUCGUUUAUGUGUUGGAAAAACCAAGUGGCUUUGGGGUUUCGCCCUAUCCCACUCCCUUUCCUGCUCCAUUGGUUCCUUAAGAAAUGCUAUAUUUUGUGAGUGCACGCUGGCUUGGGGAGCCCUCUCUUGUGUAAAUGUCCCCCAUGUUUCUGAAAAGUGCUGUAGUUUAGUCCCCUCGCCCCCAGCGCUGCCCGAACAGGGGCCAAAUGCGCCCCAAUUCCAAGAAUGAAGGCCGAGCGACAACAGUGCGGACACGCCGGCUGCUAGCCCACACUGAAGCCCGGCCGGGUUGCCCACCAGUUGCGAAAGCCCCCUUUCCUCAGGGAGCCCGUGGGACCUCGGGGGAGAUCUCCAAUGAGGCCUAGAGAGGAGCCCAGGGCCUCGGGCGGUUUGGGGUUUGUCCUCAGUGCAUUGGACGCGCUACUCUCUCCCCCGAAGACUGGGCUCGCGUGGGCGGCCGCGGAUGGUGGCCGUCCCGGUUCCUGCCGGAGGACCAGUUGUAAAUGUUACUGCUUCCUACUAAUAAAUGCUGACCUGAUCAAAUGGAGCCCAGACGCUGGCCCUAAA